AUGCUGCGCUGCUGCGCGGCCCUCUGCCGCAUCACAGUGCCCACCGCACCCGGUAACAGCCGCCCGCACGUUGGCAACGGCUUCCUCGCUGCUGUGGAGCACCAGGAACGGGCCUAUGCCGAGUUCAGCAACUCAACAGACCAGUCCGACGUGGCGACAAUCUUCCUGCGUCCUGCUGCCAUGGUGCCCAUCAGGCUCGCCGAGUGCCUGGAGACGCCGCUGGCCGCAGAGGACGCCGUCCACGCCAUCCAGUACCACCAGGGCGGCAAGCACCUGAGCAUCCAGCUGGUGGCCAGCAUCAAGGGUCCCGUGGUGUCCUACGUGGGCGACACCCUGCCCGGCUCGUCGGGCUCUCCGGUCUUCAAGCACUGGCGCCUCGUCGCCAUCCAUGACCGAGAGGGAGGCAGCAGCAACAAGGGCAUCUUGAUGAGGACCAUUCUCGCCAAAUUCAACCUGUGUGGAGCUUCAUCUGCACCUUCUUCUUCAUCAUCAUCAUCUUCGUCAUCAUCGUCGUCUUCGUCACCCAAGCCACCUCCGCCACGGCCCAAUUUCCAGCGUCCGCACAUGGCCCCGCCAGCCCCGCCAGCCCCGCCUUCGUCGACGUUCAAGAUCCCCGACCGGGAGCGGGGCGAAACGAUCAACUGCUACACGCUCGUGGACGGCGAGGCCCGGCGGUGGAGCAAGCAGACCCUGCGCGGCAUCGUCGAGGCUCAGUGCAUGGCCACCGGCUCGCUGCGGUCGGCCUACAAGGCCUUCGCCAAGGGCAGCUUCUACGUGGUCAAGUUCUUCCGGCCGGACGCGCUGGCGGCGCUGGGCAUCGCCACCACCGACGCCCUGGUCAAGACCCUGCAGGAGGAGGUGGUCAUGCAGUGGAAGGCCGCCGGGCUGGCCCACCGCUGGAACGCGUUCGGCGCCAUGCCCAAGGCCGUGGCCUUCAACCCGAUCGUCGUGGUCGAGCUCGCCGCCCGGCAGCCCCCAGCGUGGGGCGUCAUGGAGCCGCUACUUGACGGGGCCUACGUCAAGUACAACGACAACGAGGGCCGCGUGUUCGCCCAGCCGGAGGACGGGCGUGUGCGGGACACGCCGCAGGCCUUCAGCCACUUCAGCUACCUGGCGAGCGGCGGGACCUCGCUGGUGUGCGACCUGCAGGGCGUGGGCGACGUGUUCACCGACCCGCAGGUGCACACGGACCCGCGCUCGCUGUGCCCAGUGCCGGGCAAUCGCGGUCUGGAGGGCAUACGCGACUUCUUUGCCAGCCACCAGUGCUCCCUCCUCUGUCGCCUGGUCCAGCAGAAGCUGCAGUCGGCCAGCGGUUGA